CUAUUCAGAUAUUCUGAUUGAAAGGGAGGUGUUAAUGCAGAAAUACAUUCAUCUUGUCCAAAUUGUAGAAACUGAAAAGAUUGCAGCCAAUCAGCUUCGGCAUCAGCUUGAAGAUCAAGACACAGAAAUUGAAAGACUUAAAUCUGAGAUUAUAGCUCUCAAUAAAACAAAAGAAAGAAUGAGACCUUAUCAAGGCAACCAGGAAGAUGAGGAUCCAGAUAUUAAAAAAAUCAAAAAGGUCCAGAGCUUUAUGCGGGGCUGGUUAUGUAGAAGAAAAUGGAAGACUAUUGUCCAGGAUUAUAUUUGUUCUCCCCAUGCGGAAAGUAUGAGAAAAAGGAAUCAGAUAGUUUUUAACAUGGUGGAGGCUGAAUCUGAAUAUGUGCAUCAGCUUUACGUUCUUGUGAACUGUUUUCUGCGGCCCUUAAGGAUGGCUGCAAGUUCAAAGAAGCCACCUAUCAGUCACGAUGAUGUUAGUAGCAUUUUCCUCAACAGUGAAACAAUCAUGUUUCUUCAUGAGAUAUUUCACCAAGGCUUGAAAGCAAGAAUAGCUAAUUGGCCUACCUUAAUCCUAGCUGACUUAUUUGACAUUCUGCUGCCAAUGCUGAACAUAUAUCAAGAAUUUGUUCGGAAUCAUCAAUAUAGUCUACAAGUACUGGCAAACUGUAAGCAAAACAGAGAUUUUGACAAACUCUUGAAGCAAUAUGAAGCCAACCCAGCAUGUGAGGGGCGAAUGCUGGAAACUUUCCUUACUUACCCCAUGUUUCAGAUUCCUAGAUAUAUUAUAACACUUCAUGAACUCCUGGCUCACACACCACAUGAACAUGUUGAGCGAAAGAGCCUUGAAUUUGCUAAAUCUAAACUAGAAGAACUUUCAAGGGUGAUGCAUGACGAAGUGAGUGACACAGAAAACAUCCGCAAGAAUCUAGCCAUAGAAAGAAUGAUAGUAGAAGGCUGUGACAUAUUACUAGAUACCAGCCAAACUUUUAUACGCCAAGGUUCCCUUAUUCAGGUCCCUUCAGUUGAGAGAGGAAAACUUAGUAAAGUUCGUCUGGGAUCAUUAUCUUUGAAGAAAGAAGGAGAAAGGCAGUGCUUCUUAUUUACAAAACAUUUUUUAAUUUGUACAAGAAGUUCAGGAGGAAAACUGCACCUUCUAAAGACAGGAGGUGUUCUGUCUUUAAUAGAGUGCACACUGAUCGAGGAGACAGAUGCGAGUGACGAUGAUUCAAAAGGUUCUGGACAAGUGUUUGGACACCUUGAUUUCAAGCUCGUGGUUGAACCUACGGAUGCUCCUCCUUUUACUGUUGUCCUUUUAGCCCCAUCGCGACAGGAGAAGGCUGCAUGGACAAGUGAUAUAAGUCAGUGCAUUGAUAAUAUAAGAUGCAAUGGUUUAAUGACCAUAGUGUUUGAAGAAAACUCUAAAGUCACGGUGCCACACAUGAUCAAGUAA